CGGGGCCGUCGGGGGGCCCGGUCCGCGUCGUGAUGAGGGGUGGGGUGGUGAUUUCCCUCCUCGACGGAGCGCCGGCGCCGCGCGUGGAUCCGCUGUUCCCAGCCACCCCCGCGCCUCCGUAGUUAUGACCCUCACAACAAGCCUGUGAGAGGGGAUCCUCUAUUGGCCUGCUUUGCAGCCAAGACAACAACAGCCAAGCAACGAAGGGUUGUAUCCAGCUAAGUUUUACUGGAGAGCAGAUGCAUUGAAAUGAAUGGACCUAAGGCAGCGUCCAUCCUGGCAAGUGCUUGUGCUCCUGGAUCACCAGCCUCGCCCCCCAUCUCCACAGAUGAUGCCUGGCCCAUCCCCUGCAAGCCCGGCUCUCCGGCUCUGUAGAAGGUGGGAAGGUGCCUGAUGCCUGUAAUCCCCAUCCCGCGGCGGGUCCGCUCUUUCCAUGGCCCCCACACGACAUGCCUGCAUUCUGCCUGCGGGCCAGUCAGGACCAGUCACUUGGUGCGCACCAAGUACAACAACUUUGACAUCUACCUGAAGUCCCGCUGGAUGUAUGGCUUUAUUCGUUUCUUGCUGUACUUUAGCUGCAGCCUAUUCACCUCCAUCCUGUGGGUGGUGCUGUCUCUCUUGUUUUGCCUCCAGUACCUCAGCAUCCGGGUCUUCCUGCGCUUCCAGUACAAACUCUCCAUUAUACUGCUCUUGCUGGGACGGAGGCGAGUGGACUUUGGCCUCCUGAAUGAACUGCUCAUCUAUGGCAUCCAUGUCACCAUGCUGCUCGUGGGGGGGCUAGGCUGGUGCUUCAUGGUCUUUGUGGAUAUGUAAAUAAUAAAAGGAAAAACAGCAG